AAACUGUCAGAUUGAACAAAAACAAUGGAAACAUGCGCAGACUGAGCUUUAAUGCAAUAAAGCUGAUUAACCACUUUUUCUCUACUUCCCCAAAUUUACAAAAGGCUCAUCCUUCUGUCCAUCAGACACUCAUAAUUCUCUUUCUGACAGACGACGGCGUGGCUCGGCUCGGCUGAUGGACAUGAGGUCUCUGCUAACACUGUCAGUGCUGUUGGCUCUCAUAAGAGAAGACAAUGGACAAAAUCCAACAGUGUCUCUCCUGCCGAGGUUCCCAGAUGUGUUUGUUGGAGAUGACAUCACUCUGAUCUGUAAAGGAGGGGGUGAACCGAUAAAAUGGUUCAUUAAUGGAAAGCCACAUUCACAUCAGAGAUCUUCAAUGCUUCUUACAGCCGUGACAUCUAAAGACAACGGGAGGUACGAAUGUGAGCGAGGCGGAUCGAAGAGCGAGCCGUACACACUCACUGUCGAAGAGCUGGAGCCUCACGCUCAGCUGUCACCAUCUGUAGGUGGCGCUGUGAUGACCAAAGGUGGUGGAAGAAACCUGGUCCUGCAGGUGGACGAUGAUCCGAAUGACUGGAAGUGUUUUGUGUUGAGGGGAGAGAGCGGCUCUAAACUAGGAACCUCUGUUGAUCAGAUGAAGAACAGGGCUGUUAUGUUUGCAGAAUUGAACGAAGCAAAAAGAGCCACUUUCUGGUGCAAGAAGACCGGGACACAACGAAGCAAUGCUGUGACGCUGAAAAUGACAGAGCUCAAGGUGAUGUUGGAGCCUCCCGCCGUUCCUGCACUGCUGGGCGAGAGUGUGGCGCUCAGGUGUGCAGUCUGGGGAGGGAAAGCCGAAACCGCUGCUUUCUAUAAGGAUAAUCAGCUAAUCACAACCACAAAAGAAGACACAUACAUCAUCACCAACGCCACACAAGAUCAUAACGGACAGUACAGAUGUCACGCCACCUACAGGUACACCCACAUCACUGCAGAUGCUGCCCGGCUGGAAGGAGAUUCUGAUGCGCAGGAGAUAAAAGUUAUAGGUGGGCCUCCUGCUCCUACAGUGGAUUCAACGUCUCCAAAUAGACUGAAGUGUCUCUGCAGAGGCUGUCCUUCUAACUGCAUGUCCUACCGCUGGUAUCACACACUUAUUGAUGACUUGUUUGCAAGACGAAAACUACCUGAAAAUACACAAGUAAUUACCGUGAAGGAAGGAGGACUGUUCAGCUGCCGGAUGGAGUGUGGGAAAGGUUUCUCCCGUUUCAGCAACAUUUACAGCUACGAAGCCCAACCGGAGUCAGAGCCUGUAAAUGUGCUGCCCAUCAUGGUGGCUUUGAUUCUGAUGGUUCUCGGGGUGUUGAUCGUGGUGCUGAUCGCACUGAAGCGCAGAAGACUUGAAGCAAGUGCUCAGGCGACCGCACAGGGUAAAGAUAAGAAGAAAGAUGGAGACUAUGAGCAAAUCCAACUCACCGAUCAGGCGGUUUACCACACACUAGGCGAGAAUACGGAUAAGGACACGGCCGAGGGGGGUUAUGAAGCCCUAAAAAAGAGGCAGGAGGAGGGGGUGUACCACACACUAGGAGCUGCAGAAGGUCAGGGUGAGGGUCAAGGUGCGUACGAGGCUCUUAAGAGUGUGAAAGCCGAGGUGUACCACACACUCGGAGCUGCAGAAAGUCAAGGUCAGGGUGAAGGUCAAGGCGGGUACGAGGCUCUUAAGAGUGUGAAAGCCGAGGUGUACCAAACCUUAAGUUCAGGCGACUCAAAAACACCGGCAGGAGAAUCAGAGGGAGGGUAUGAGCAGCUUCCUCAGAAAGAUAAAGAUUUUGAGGCCGUGGCAGGAGAAGAAAAUCCAUAUGAAGAACUGAAGGCCGGAAAACAGGAUAAGAAAGAGAUGAGCAAAGAGAAAGAAUAAAGGAACCUGUAAGAAAGAGCACCACAUAAAUGCUAACCAAUAGUCAAAUCGCUGAUCUUUUUAUCUCACAAUUCUGACUUAUUUUCUUUUAGAAAGAAUUGAGAGUUUAUAUAUAGAUUUAGUUGUGUAUGAAAUCGCUCCCUAUCCACUAUAUAGUGCACUAUAUCGGGUGUCCGCCACCGCCAUUUUGUAGUGGUGCCCGAAUUCUGAGUGUACGACAUCAUUCCCUACAUUCCUUCACUACUUUUACCCACAAUCCUCUCUGAAUUCGAGUGUACAUUCGAUGUGCACUUGCUGAAGCACUAUUUCCCGCAAUCCAACUGGCGUGAGCAAAUUUAAACCAGAGAUUACAUUACAGCUUUCUUAUUCCUGCUUUAAAAUUUAUUUCAUGCUAGUUUUAUUUUUCUAUUAAUCAUUACUUGAAUAGAA